CCGCUCAUCCUGCAUGCAUCACGUUUCAGCCUGUGUGUGUCCAGACGCCUGUGGACGCGCCUGUCAUCUGGAGGAAACUCCUCCCCGCAGACAGCGCGUCCUGUCGCCUUUCCAGCGCAAUGGUCUCCUGGAUCAUCUCUAGACUUGUGGUACUUGUUUUUGGAACGCUUUAUCCGGCGUACUCUUCAUAUAAGGCUGUGAAGACAAAAGAUGUGAAAGAAUAUGUGAAAUGGAUGAUGUACUGGAUAAUAUUUGCCCUUUUUACUACAGUGGAGGUGUUUACAGAUUUGUUUCUAUGUUGGCUUCCUUUCUACUAUGAACUGAAGAUAGCCUUUGUGGUGUGGCUGCUGUCCCCUUACACUAAGGGCUCCAGCGUGCUGUACAGGAAGUUUGUUCAUCCCACGCUUUCCUCAAAAGAAAAGGACAUUGAUGAGUACAUCUGCCAAGCAAAGGACAAAAGUUAUGACACACUGGUGCAUUUUGGGAGGAAAGGGCUGAAUGUUGCAGCGACAGCAGCAGUCAUGGCUGCUGCAAAGGGUCAAGGCGUCCUGUCAGACAGAUUACGGAGUUUCAGCAUGCAGGAUCUGUCGUCCUACCAGUCUGACCCGGCACAGACCGGACCCAGCGCCGCCCAGCCCACAGCAGCUCAGCACCGAACCAGACCCAUCAUCCGCAGCAAGUCAGAGAGCUACAAAGAUUUUGACAUGAAUGAGUAUGAGGUGCUGGGGUUGGAGCAGUUGGAUCCUGCAGAUUUUCUGCCCCAAACUAAGCCGACCUCCGAGCCUGUGCCCACACCCGUUACACCAUCUGUGACGACCCAGUCAAGCCCACUCUCCACACCCACUCCACCUGCUACUCCUGCAGCUCAGGAGCAGUUUGAGGAGGGGCUGGGGAAGGAGGUGCAGGCCACGCCGAGCUCCCCGCAGCUCAGGAUGAGUAAAAGGAAAGCUCCGGAGGUACGCAGCCCGCCUCCUCUUAGAGUCCUGAGGCCUCUCACAAGAUCCAGGAGUUCUCUUCCUUCAAACAAUGAAGCCAUGUGAAGCCGCCCUCCUCCAGCUGCCUUUGCUGCAAACAAGUAAAAAGUGAAAAUACUGAAUGGCAAGAAGCUCUACGACUGAAGCAGCCCUGCUUUGGAACGGCGUAUUACCAAAGUGACCUAAGAAGAUCCCUAAUUUACAGCAUAUUCCCUAGUGGUUCAUAAUGUUAAGAAAAAACAGGUUUUGGUCAGAUAGACACUUUGCAUUUAAAUAUGUAUUUAUGUACAGUAUGUGUACUUUAUCUCAUGCUUUGGUUGUUUUUUUAUAUAUCAGAGGUUGCCACAUGUGUGUUCCUCAUCAUUGGUCUUAGUGUUUAUGAAGCAGCAUGUACUUUAGAGAAGAUCAUCACUGCGCCAGAGAAGGAUCCGUGCACUGAAAGGAGAGCUGAGGCUGUGCUUUUUGUUUUGAUUAUUUUGUGAUUCACAAAAUUAACAGUCGACACUUUCUUCGUCCACAUUUACCUCUCUCUCUUUCUCUGUUGGCCUUAAAUGAAGCGGACACCCAAAAUGACUUGCACUAUGUUCUUCAUUUACAUCACUGCCCUCCAACAAAGCAGUGGCUAUGUUUUAAUGGAACGCCUAAUUUUAUAAGGGUUUAUUUCUGCCUGUAAGGUCAUGAGCGGAUGUCACAAAUGCAUCACUACAAUCAGACUUCAUAUUUUAAAAAAUCCUUUAGAAACUUAAGGUUAAAAAUUGCUAAAUGAUGCUAAUUCUUUUAUUUUCAGCAUUUUGAAACCAAUGUUAGCUGAGCAGCUGCCCGUGCUUUCGUUGUUCCUCCUGAGGGCCGGUAGUGACAACAACAGCUCACACUGAUGUCUUUUUCUUGAACGUUAUUCACUGAGCCUGAACCUGGUUUUCACUGUGUUGAUGUGCAGUAAUUGUACAUGGUUGCAUCUUUUAUCUCUUACAGUGGUUACAGUAAAAAAAGACAACAAAAAAAGCUUCUCAGGUACAACUGUUCUGUUUACAUGCAUUCACUCUGAUAUUGUAGAUAUACUUAUUAUGCACAUUUUAGUGUUUUUUUCAGUGGAUUGAAUAGUGGAAAAGAGACAGGUUGUUUCUAAUUAUGUAUCAGUGCUGUCAGUGUUAGUGUUGGAGGUGAUUUCCAUACAUUAAAGCUUCCUGCAUGAUCUUAAUUUCUAUGGACGAUUUUAUGUGAAGCUGCUCUCGUUUAGUUUCUGUUUAGAUACAUUCAAUAAGGUUUUUUUUGGUUGUAUUAGAGAGAAUUUUCCUUCCUCUGACAUUUAGAGUCAUGUGAAUAAAUAAGAACACCCUGAAAAGUGUUAAAAAGAAGUCACACGCUACCCAUUAUUAGCUGGUUUUAUCCCCCUUUGGAUUAAAUUACCUUGUUUUCAUUUAUUUCUAACAUCAGUUGGAAAAAAAAUCCCCUUCAGCUGUGAGACGUUUUAGGGAUCUCCUCUUGCAUCUUGAUCCUGUUUUAGAUAAUCUCACUGAAAUCAGGAUCUGGGCUUUGACUGGGUCCAGGAGUUUCAAUUUCCUAGCUUUCCUUAAGUUCUUUGUGAAAUUUUCUUUUUAAUCAUUUCAUAUAACCGGCUCCAAAGAGGGUCUUAUAUCUGAAACAUGGUUCAGUUCAUGGCCCAUUACAUAAUGGUGAGCUGGAGUACACCAUCCAAAAUGUCACUGCCACACCCAGAAUUCCUAGCUCAGAUGAGUUUGUGGUUCUUCCUGGAAGGCUGCUUUUGGUUUACCUCCAAAAAGUUCUCUCUUUCCUCUCUAUGUCCAAGUAGUUUAUAUUUAGACUCCUUUUUCCAGAGAACAUCACUCCAGAAGUCCUGUUCUUUGUCUACAUUCUCUCUGCCAAACAUUGGCGUGGCCUCUGUGCUUUUUUAUUAGAGAGCAAAGGUUUCUUCUCUGCAAACAUUUCCUUACAAAGAUGCACUUUCAUAUAAAUGGUAACGAGCACCUGCUGUAGGUCCUGUGAGGAUUUUUCAAGACAUCUUAGGCUGCUCUAAGUGGACUCUGCUUGGUUACUAAGACCUGAACAUGUAGCGUUUUUAGGCUUUCGUCCACUUGUCCGUUUUCCAGAGAGUGGGGUGGGUGAUUUGAUCAAUUUAAGACAUCCUACUCCCUUACUGGAUGCAUUAAGUGCUAUUCUUCUUUGAGAAGGCCUGACAGUUCUUUGUUUUUUUAUUAUGGAGAUCAUUCUUUCUUCAGCAGACAGGAACACCUUAUUAAAGAUCUGAGGUUCAAAGAUAGUAAACUUUCAAUCUAUCAUUUACGAUUUAUUUUGUAUUUAUUCAACAUUUGUAAAACAGUUAAUCAAAUAUGUAGAUGUACAGAAAUGUUAGCAGGGUGUUUGAUGUUAUUCACAUGACUGUAAACCAACCCCAGUCCUUCAAUUUUUUUCUGGCAGGCCAGAAUAUAUAUAUAUUUUUUAGUUUCUAAUAGCGUGUGGCUAAAACAUAAAGCAGAGGUGUGAAGAAAUGUUGGUUUAUGACUUCAAACUUCACAAAAAUCAACUAUAAUAAAAAAAAUAUAGAUGAAGACUUAAA